AUGUCGACAAAACCAGGAAGGCAACACUCAAAGGGCCUUCGAAAUAAUCCCAGAAAAACGGGCAAACGACAGGAAAGAAGCGAAUUACCUACCUCUGGAAGCACCACGAAGCGAAGAAAGAAGGAUUCUCACAAGGAGGAUGCAAGUUACAAGGGAUCAUCUGACAGUGACGAAUCCGAUAUAUCGAAAGAAGCGAAAGCUUUUUUAAAGGAAUUCAAAAAUACCAACGAUCAACUAGCUGAAAUUGACGGCGGAAAUUUCCGAUUUAGACCGGCUAUAUUCAAUAUUUUCUUGGAUCACUUGAUGGCUGGUAAAUAUGAAGCACUCACUGGUAUUCGGAAAGACAUCGAUACCAUCAUCAAAUGGAAAUUAGAGCAGAUCGGAAACAUAUCUAAGCAAGAAGACGCACUAAACGUCAUAACGCUCCUGGAAGAUUUCAAGGAAAAGUGGAACGGCUUCAUGGAACGUAUCUAUAGACCAAUGGCACCUUCCGUUUUUGCCAAAUCAGCUGGAUGGGUAAUUGCACAAAAAGGUCCUGCUGCCAUUGACUGUAUGCGACCACCUGAUUGUUCUGGAUUACCUAUUUCACUUCUGCAUCCCGCAUUCGCCAAAUUUAUCUCCAUUACUCAUCAGCCAUUGCCCACAAACGGAGGUUGCUUGGAAGUUGCAUUACUUGCCGACGAGUUUCCUAACUUCAUCGAAACAAAAUUUGGGUCUGCAUCUCUACGUGGUGCAAUCUUAGGCAAAAAUGGCGCAGCGAAGGCUUUACUGGAAAUAAAAAACGAACCUGGCGCGAUGGGUGACGUUUAUAUGCAAGGGUCGGCCUAUCGCCUCAACGCUAGCCUAUCCGCUGAAAAUAUCCGUAGGCCAUUACCAGAAACCACUGUAAGGUGCCCAAGGGUUUACAAUAGUUUCCAAACGUUUGAAGGUCAAUCUCGUUCAUUCAAAUUCAUAUCUCCUUACAAGCCAAAGAAUGCUCGACACGACCUCCUUUUCAAAGCCACCGUUGAAGAUUCGGCAGAGUGCGUGCUGGUUAAAGUCGUUCCGGGUCCGUACGGAGAAAGAGCGCAUCGGAUCGCGGCCGAACAAGGACUUGCGCCACAGCUGUACGGUGUGGCCAAAUUAGGCGGCGCACCGCCUGCGUUUGUCAUGGAAUUUCUUUCUGAGAAGGAAGGUUGGGUAGCAUUUCAAGAAGCCAAACUCUACCUCAAGAAUGAACAACAGUGGGUGGCGCUCCACGCAGAAGCCGAAAGGUUCCUCCAAUGUAUGAGGGAUAAUCAAUUGGGAGUCGAGCUUCGGGUCCUUGACUGGGAUUGGUCAGGAAGGUACUCGGAUGCAAGAUAUCCAUUGGAUAUUAACCCGCAAGCUGGGCUCCCAGGAGAGGCUGGAGAGUUGAUCCUACCGCAACAUGACUCCAGCAACUUUUCUCAGUGUCUCGAGACCGCAAAGCAAUGGCCGUUCAGAUAG